GGGACACGCUGCUGAAGCCGGAAACAGAAUCACGCAUUGAUUGACAGCUGCAGACCACGUCUCAACAAAACCAGAAGCGAUCCGUUCAGUCGUGAUCCAGAUGAGGCUCGUUUCAUCUCGAGCUGACGAGUGAUCUGUGCGAUGUCUCUGGCUCAGAGGGUUCUUCUCACCUGGAUCUUCACGCUCGUCUUCCUCAUCCUGCUGGUGCUGAAGCUGGAUGGCAAGGUCAAGUGGAGCUGGUUCCUGAUCUUCCUGCCCGUCUGGAUCUUUGACAGCGUCCUGCUGCUGCUGCUGGGCGUGAAGGUGGCGGGCCGCUGCCGGGCCGGGUACGACCCGCGGCUGAAGGUCUGGUACCUGCUGGCUCUGAUGAUGAAGGUGGGCUUCUGUCUGACUCUGUGCGCGCGGCUGGAGCAGAUCAUCAGCCUGCGGCCGCUCUUCAUCUGUGUGCCGCUCUGGACGCUGCUGACCGGAGCCAUGAUCCAGCUGGGAUACAACAUCCUGCCGCAGCGGACCGACUGAUGCGGACACAUUCAACACACACACACUCUCUCACACAUGAACAAACACUAAUUGGACUCUUAAAGUUUGAUAUUUGUACGUUUUAUUUCAGGUCGGUUAUUUGUGGGUUUAUUUCUUUGUUUUCAUCUUGUAAAUUCAUUUCCAUCUGCUGAUGUUUUAUUGGUUUUUUCUCGUGUGAAAUCUGAAGUUCAUGAAUGACGAAAGCGAACACAAACCUGAAUAAACCCACAGAACCCGA